AUGAUAUAUUCAGUAGAUAGACGUGUUAAAACUCUAUCAAUCUCUAUUGGCAUUGGAGUUAUUCUAAUUCUUGUCACACUUGCUCUUGCUGCAGCUACAUUGGGUGUUGUUGUUAAUCGAUUAAAAGACAAAACCAAUAGCCCAUCUCUCGGUUCCCAAUAUGCUGAAUCAAUUAAAAUAUCUGAUGUAAUGAUGCAUCUUAAUGAAUUACAAAAUAUAGCAAAUAAUGCAAAUGGUACUCGAGCUAUUAAUACAAUUGGUUUUAAUCGAACACUCGAUUAUAUUAAUAAUUAUUUAUCAUCUCAUACAAAUUUUAAAGUAGCAACAACUUAUUUUUAUUUGAGAAAUUUUGUUCUUAGUUCGAUUCCAACAUUAAUGACAUCCAUAAAUGGUGUAACUGUAAAUCGCAUUUUUUCAACCAAUCUUUCAGCAUCAGAAUUUUUUUUUGCUCAAUAUACAAAAUCAGUUAAUUUUGCUGAUUAUGUUCCAAUAAGUGUUAUUCCAAAUUUAGGUUGUUCUGAUGCUGAUUGGCUUGCUGUGAAUCCUUCUCCUAAUGGUCGAGUUGCAUUAGUGAAAAGAGGUAAUUGUAGUUUUAUUAACAAGGCAGUACUUGCAUCGAAGUACAACGUUGCUGCUCUUCUACUAUACAAUGAUGGUACAUCACCAAAUAGUAUGGCACCCAUUUAUGUUAGUUUAGGACAGAAUAAUGAAUUACCAGCGCUCUUUCUUUCGUAUACUCUUGGCCAAGAACUUGCUGAUGCUGCUCAAGAUCCAUCAAAUAAUGUCGGUGUUCGUAUAACUAUCUCUGUAACUGAUGAAUCACUAUAUCCUGUUGGUAACAUAUGUGCUGAUACACCGACAGGUGAUGCUACUCAAACUAUUGUGAUAGGCGGUCAUAGUGAUAGUGUACCGGGUGGUCCAGGCAUUAACGAUAACGGUAGUGGUAGUGCAGCAAAUCUUGGUUUAGCUGUAGCUCUUGCACGUCUUUUUCAAACGUCUUAUGAAAAAUAUAAGUAUCGAGUUCGAUUUUGUUGGUGGGGUGCUGAAGAAGUUGGUCUUCUUGGCUCUGACUUUCAUGUCAAGCAAGCUAAACUUUCGACUGUUGCUGGUGAACGUCUCAGUGAUUACUUGAUCAAUCUUAAUUAUGAUAUGCUUGGCUCACCAAAUUACAUCUUUGGCAUUUAUGAUGGACGAACAGCAAACAAUAAUACUCCAACACAAGCACUUCCAGGAAGCAAUAAAAUUACGAGUCUCUUUCGUGAAUGGUUCACUGAACAAAAUUUACCAUGGAAUAACACUGAUUUUAGUGGUCGAAGUGAUUAUGGUCCAUUUUUAGCUGAAGGAAUAGUCGCUGGAGGACUAUUUUCGGGAGCAGAUGGUUUGAAAUCAAUGGAAGAACGUAAUUAUUAUGAUAAAAUGCUUGGUCAAGGAAUGGGUGGUAUUGCCGGUGCUAUUCAUGAUCCAUGUUAUCAUCGAGCAUGUGAUUCGAUUCAAAAUAUCAAUGUAUUUGCAUUUGAAAAGAUGGUACAAGCAGCUGCUUAUGUUUUAGAAUAUCUAGCACGACAAGAUGAUUUGAAAGGAUGGCUUUAUCCUCCAGCUCAAAUUCAACGAUUGAAUACUCAACAAAAACAACGACCAGAGUACAAUUCAAUAAAUGAAUACUUUGGAUUACCAUACUUCUAA